ACUUUGCGGCCGAGACGCGCUUAUAAGCCUCCCCACAAGUGCUUAGAAAUUCAAGGUGAGACGUGGAGCAGAGGGACGACAUGCGUGGGGAUGUUGGAGGUGUUGCACGGCUGUCUACACAACUUGUGACACCCCGUUCAGGAAUAACGCUACUGGGAUGAGUAGCCCGGGAGUGGUGCAUGUUGUACAAAGGUAAAGUUCCCCAUAGACUGUUUGGUUUACCCGGUUGUCAAAUGGCCCAAAUCAGCUACUUGUGGUUUGUGAACGGAGUGCAGACCCGGAGCCCUGCCUCUUCUUAUUAGACCCGCUGUGGCCCUCGCGUGUUUAGGAUCGCCAGCUAGACUCGUCUGCGAACUUUUCCAGAAGUAACCCCCGCGAAGCUCCAUGAGACAGAGACGGCUCUCGAGGAAGCGUGUCGACUUGAGAUCGGCCAGGCUGCCGGGCUUGUUUCCCAACAAGUAAAGGAAGGAGGAAUAAUGAGAUCGGGCGGUCGAGUCCUCCGAGGCGCUCUUCCCCAGCAGAGGGGGCUGGCUGCAGCCGACCGAGAGUGGCUCCGCCUCCGCUACUCCUUUGCCACCAAGCAGCGAGGAAGAGGGGAAAGGACGGGGACGGACGAGCGGCAGGGUCGGCAUUGCAGGCGCCCGGCGGAGUCAGGAUAUGCUAUGACGGGUUGCAGACUGCCUCUUGGUGCUUUUAGAAAUCUAAAUGUCUGGCUUGGGCUCUUGGAGACAUCUCCUUAUAAACUCUGCUCACCCUGGAAGCGGUUUCUUUGUUCUGCAAGCCAACAGCCAGUAACAGCAAUUGCCCCCAAACAUUUCUGCAUUUCUCCUAUAAAAUGCCAUGUAUUUUUAAUACCAUUGCCCAGAAGUAUGCCAAGGAUUUCUGUACGUCUCAAAAGCAACAAAAGUUCUCGGAAGAACACAAAACGAACUUUGCAUGAGGAGACUGAGGAGGAAGAUGAAGAUGAAGAGAGAAGUGAUUCCGAAGAUGAGUUUGAAGAUGAUUCUGCUGUAGUGAAAGAUUACAAAGAUCUUGAAAAAGUAGUACAAUCUUUCCGAUUUGAUAUGAUAAUGAAAGCGGGUCUAGAUAUUGCAAGAAACAAAGUGGAAGAUGCGUUCUAUAAUGGUGAACUCAGGCUGAAUGGAGAAAAACUGUGGAAGAAAAGCAGAGCGGUAAAAGUUGGUGACACACUGGAUCUGGUAAUUGGAGAGGACAAAGAAACAGAAACUGCUGUAGUUAUGAGAGUUGUCUUAAAGAAAGCCUCAGACAAGUCUGACAGUGAUAAAUACAGAGUGGUGCUAAGGCGCUGGAGAAACUUAAAGGUGCCCAAGCAGGAUGUAUUUAAGUGAACGAGGAUUUGCAUGUGGCAGAUGUUUCCUUGUGAACAACUACAUUUGUUAUACAAUAUAUGAGUUUUGGUUAAACAAAAUUCUUGCACUUUUAAAAAAACAUUUAAAUGGAUAUGUGAUGGCAUGCCACCUUCCUUACUGUACACAUAGUUUCUUUUCCUGGGACUGUCAGUUCGCUGCUUUUUAUUUCAUAGCGAGGGAAAGUAAUGUUUCUAUGAGAAGAUGGAAUGAAGGAAUAAAAGGGAAGGCUAAACUCAAGUUGUCUCUGCUUUUGUUUAAAUAACAUGACCUGGAAGUCCAAAACCAAAUCACCUGGGUGGGAAGAAAACCUGCCUGUUCUUAACUCUUGUGUGUUGUGAUAAAGGUAGCCAGUCACUUCAGGAAGGUGGUCUCCUUAAAAAAAAAGAAAAAAAAUGCCUGGUAGAUUAACAGUAUGGGCUUCCAUUUCCAGGGAUAAUGACUGAACAGUGGUGUUGGUAGUUUGUAGUUGCUUUCCUUUUUCCUUUUGUGAAACAUUUGAAUCCAUUGGCUGCUAUGUUUACACUUUUAGAGCAGAGUUCCUUUACUCAUAGGGGACAGUGGUAAAAGCAGAUGAGCUUUAGCGCUACAGUUGAGUGAUUUGGCUCAGGAACUCAUGUAGAGAGAUUGGCUUAGUAGUACACUGUGUUAGAAAGUCAUAGUAAUGUACACCCUGCUUGAAAGCCCUGUGUUUGUUUCAGUGACAGUAUGGAGCUCUUGAAGAUGUAGGUUGCCCUAUUCACUUCAACCCAGGGUGCAGUUCUGGAUCCCAGCCCCCUACAUAGAUUGAUCUUCUCUGUAGAUGUAGAUAGCAGCCCAGAUGCACACUGGAACACUCAAUGAGGCACUGGAUCUGAGUGCAUACAUUUAAGAAUUUUAACAUGCAUUCACUUUGUACUAUGAAGUGCAAAACCUCUACUGUUUGCCGGCAGUUUAUGUCUCAUACAUUAAUUUGGACAUGCAGUUUAAUAGAACACCUGUAGAAUUUAGUUUAUUUCCAUAAACAAUGUGGGAUUAGCAACCAGUUGAGAGAGUGCUGGAGGAUAAAGAGCAAAUCGUGAAAAUAUAGUGGUUGUCUUGUCUCCUACAUUUGUAUGGUAUAGGAAACCAAACACAUUAUUCCAGUUUAAAGGUAAGUAUUAUAUGCACCCUAAAAAUGAGACCUUUCUUUUCUUGAACAUUAUUAUUUUUGUCAAUACAGAAGUGUGGCUGCCUUCAAAUGUCAUUUGUUGCCAUGUGAAUAUGAAAUCCUUGUGUUAAAACUGUCUUAAUAAAAGUCCACCAAAAUACAUGAAACUGUGUAAA